CACACACACACACACACACACGCAGAGAGUGGAGUACUCCAAACAAUGGAGUAAGGAGGCCUUUGCGAUAUUUUGCAUCUGAUUUUUUUUUGCAAGCCUUUAAACAUUUAAACAACUACUUAAUGAAGGAUAUUCUUACAUUUUCACUGCCUCAAAGAACACAAAACUUUUAUGAACACUGUAAAGCUAAACAUGGUAAGAAGUGGAGAGGAGAAGACGGGAUAUAAAAUGAUACCAUUAGGUUGUGAGGAGAAGGAGAAAGAAUAUGGAGCCUGCGUAUUCAACCAUUCACCACUUCCCGGGGAAGUUGCAUUGAACAUGAACAGAACAAAUUCACCAAUAUCAGCACUUACAGCACUAAAUGUGGAACUGUGUAGCACCACUAAAAUUACAGAGCAAACUUCGUCUUCUCAAAAAGGUACAAAGGCUCCGAAAACAAAAACUGAUCGGACAUACCUGGGUGUCAGAGUAAGAAUGCCAGUAAAAGAUAUGCUCAAAAAUAUUCGCAUAGCCAAGGGAAUGGACCCCAAAGAAAUGCAGAAGAAAAACAAAGGAUCAAAAGGGGAUAAAAAGCGAGUAAAUAUAAGUAGUUGUCGGAGAAAUGGGCCGAAAAACUGGCAAACAAAGAGUUUGGAAGAGCUUGCCAUUAUUGUGGAGGUGUUGGAAGAAGACCUUAAGGCUAGUACUUCCAGACAGUCAAGUAACCACCUGGUUACUUUCACCCCAGAGCUGGGAAACAAGUUCUGGUCUGAGAACGUACCUCAGCAAAAACAUCUAGAUGAACCACCUUCAACUCCAACCAUUUGUUAUGCAGCCACUAAAAAGUCCUCUAUGCAGUCUGAGGAAAUCUAUGGCUCUGCAUAUAACCAGGCUGCAGCUCUCUUUGCAGACACUAAGGUCAAAACUAGCGGUGAUGAGUCAGAUAACUAUAUACACGGAAGGCAGCAUGAAAUGACCUGCUUUCCAAGUGACAGGAAAGUGCAUGUCCCGUCCCCACAAGAAAUCUAUUUCAGCACCAAGAUGGAUUGGUGGGGUUCACCACACAAAAGAGGAAGUCUGUCAUAUUCAUACUCAGAGCAGGAGCAGUGGAACAGCAAGAUGCACUUUUGGACAGAAUUGGAAAGAGAGGCACAUGUAUUAAGCAAUAUCUCCAGCCACGAGCUUCUUACUUAUGACGAGAAGGGAAGAAUACUCCUCCACCGAGCUGUUGAUGAGGGAAAACAAUCUCUUGUGUAUGUUGUUGCCAGACGGAUGGCAGCUUUAAACAAACUGGACAGCAAAGAUGCAGAGGGAAGGACUUCUCUCCAUUUAGCUGUGCAGAAGAAUCACCCCCUGAUAGUUGCUGAUUUGAUUUCCCUUGGUGCAAACAUCAAUGAAAGGGAUAAAUGUGGAAAAACAUGCCUCCAUCUCUGUGCAGAAAAUGGAUACGUCAGAGUUUUAGAGGUUCUGAAAAGCUGCAUGAAAAAUGGAACAUAUAUAGAUUUGGAAGCAAAAGAUAUGAACGGGCUCAGCGCACUGCAGCUUGCGUCGGUAGCUUUAAAGAGCAUAGUGGGUGAUAUGGAGAAAGGUUUGACAGUGAGCCAAACCAGAGUGCAUUCCAUGCGUAAGGAGCAAAUGAUGGAAACCCUCAAGUGCCUCCUGCAGAUGGAAUGUAACCUGCAAUGCCUGACCUGAAGAAAUUGAGAGUCACUGCUUGGGAUCAUCCUGUUCUCCUGUUCAAUUAAAAGUGGUUUGUCCGGAUACACAACUACUUCGACCAGGAAUUACGGGUAUUGGUGAAACAACGCAGUGCUGUUACCUGGCGGUAAAUGUUUUUGGGUGAAUACAAGUUUUAACCUGCUGAAAUGCCGUUUUAUCACGGCAUGGUUAAAACUAUGUAUUAUGCAACCAGUUGGUGUUAUUGUGACAAGGGGUCCUUCGGAUCCUUUUAGUUAGUUAAUAACAUAAAUGGUUGUGAGUCAGCUGGUUUCUGUGAAACUUCCACCGUUUGCUAUGUUUAAAUAGCAAAACAGUUUUAAAUCAUGGUAUGAAGUAAAUUAGAAGUCUUUUUGUUUCCACUUUAUUAGGUUAAGGUUUUUUAAAAUUGUGCUCUACGAGCAACAAUCAGAAAUAUGUGUUAAUAUGUGUUUAUUUUACAUUUACAGCAUUUUAGCAGACACCAUUAUCCAAAGCAACUUAUAUAUAUAUAUAUAAAACUGAGCACUUGAGGGUUAAGGGCCUUUCUCAGGGUCCCUACAGAGGUUGCUUAGUGGACCUGGGAUUCAAAUUUAUAAACGAUUGGUAGACCAACAGCUUAAACACUAGGCUACCACAUCCCACAUCUACGAAAAUGCCAUAAAUGUAAAAAUAUAUAUAUAUACAUACAGAUAUAUAUAUUAAUAUAGGUUUAUUGGAAUAUUUUAUCAUGUAAUGUUUUCGUAUGUUGCUAAGUUCUACUAACAAAACAAUUGUGAAUCCUUGCUUUAAAUAUUAUAUAAUAAAUGAUACAUGGUAAAAUAAUACAUAAGCUUACAAAUACAUGUAGCACCUGAUACUGAACUGUGUAAUUUAGGGAUUUGUAAUGACUGGGAAUGUCUUGGGAAUUGUUGGCUUUGUAGUCUUGGAUAUACAUGAUGGAUUUUUGAGAACUACGUAACACAGUAUACAUACUUAAAACAGCAUUUCUAUAUUAGAGUGAUUUUUUAAAAAAAAUAAGCCGUUUUGUCAAAAUUACUAGGAUAGCUACUGUAGUGAAAAAUGACCUGGAGCAAAGUAAAUGUGACUCUUCACGUGUGCGCACACACAUACACAAACACAAACACAUUGUAGAAAACCUGUACACCUAUUAAGGGUGGCAGUUGGCUAAGUGAGUUUGAGAAAUCCUGGAUUAUGUGUAGUCCUUGUGCAUUCCUUUGUUGGCUAAAAAAACAAAGUACCUUACUCUCACAAACCAAGAUGUUCUCAUUAGUGAAUAUCAAAAAUGUGAAUCAAUCUCAUCACUAUACUCAUUAAUGAUUUUCAAAGGUCUGAACUUAAUUAUAUUAGUUAGAGUAUGCUAAGUAUAAAAUUAAGUGGAAACAGAUGAUUCGCUGUGGCGACCCCUAAUGGGAAAACCCGAACGUAGAAGAAGAAUUUCUAAUAUUUCUAAUUUCUAAUAUAUAUUCUAAUAUUUCUAAUUCUAAUGUGGCAGCAAAGCAAAUAAAUAAUCCAGACACCGGUCAAAAGCUUCAGUUAAUGUUCAUAUGAAACAUUAAAAUGGGGAAAAGUGUCACUUUCAUGGUCUGUUGAAGUUAGAAGUUAGUUGGAAUUUUUACACACCAUAGUCUUUUCGUGUUUACAGUUCUGUGGGUUGAUGUGCUUUGAUAAGUGAGGACAGAUGAGAAGAGCCGGUAAGCUGACAAGAAGGAAAAGUAACUAAAAUAAUCACUCUACAGCUGUGGGGAGCAGAAAAAUAUCUCAGCAUGCACAAAACAUGGACACUUAAGUUGAUCGGCUUCAACUGCAAAAUUUGCCAACAGCGUACAUUGAAGAUUAAAAAGAAAUUCAGCUAGUCUUUUUACAGCCUUCAUGUGGCCAGUUUUGGUGAACUUGUACCCAAGAUAGCUUCAGACUCUUGUUCAUGAAUAACAGGGGUGGAACCUGAUGUGGUCUUCUGUUGUUGAAGCUUAUCCACCUCAAGGUCUGAUGUGCUGUGCAUUCGUGAUGCUUUUCUGCACACUUGUGAAAGAGUGAUUAUUUGAGUUGCUAUUGUUUUCCUGUCUAUACUCAGUCUGGGAAUCAUUCUGCUCUGACCUUUCUUAUCAACGAGGUUUUUGAUGCCUGCAGACCCUCUGCUCACCAGAUGUUUUUUAUAUUUCAUACCAUUUUGUAUAAACUCUAGAGACUGCUGUUGGUGAAAAUCCCAAGAGAUCAACAGUUUCUGCACUAACAACCAUACCACAGUUAAAGUCAAAGAGAUCACGCAUUAUAUAAUGUUAUGAGGAUGUAAAUAUUAACCGAAGCUGUUGACCUGUUUUGGCACGAUUUUAUGCAUUUUUUUCUAAAAUCUGCCACAUGAUCGUCUGAUUGGAUAACUGCAUAAAUGAGUACAUUCCUGUUAAAGUGCCCUGUUUAAAUAAAAUUAUUUUCAGUAGCUGCUGUAUCAGGUCAGAUUCAUGGUAAACACUGAGCCAAAUCCAGGAACACUGGUUAUGAGUGGAUGAGCGUAUAAGAUGGGACAGAAAUCCGUCACUGUGUACACACAUACCUUCAUACUGUACCAAUGCAAGUUAUAUUAGUCAAAAGACCUAUACAUAAUUGUAAAAGAAAAGGGUUCCUCUAAGGUUAUUUGGAUAGUUCACUGUUCUUUGUUCUUUGUAAUGUUCCUCAUCUGGGUGACACUGGAGAGUGCGAUUAUAAAUAAUUCCCCUUCUAUUACUGUGCACUUGUGUACCCAAGAGCUUUUUAGCAACUUAUAAUUAGCAUCAGUGUAAUUUCUGAAUUCAAUAUAGUUUUGACUAUAGUGCCUUCCCUAAAGCCAUGAAAUGUUCACUGACUGAGACCUGGCAACAGUGGUUCAAAGCCACUGCCAUGGUCUACAAAUGGACUGCUUACUGUCACUCUUCCUAAUUAAACUGAUUAGCUGAAUUCUGUGUUUUGGGACCAGGGAAAACUCUACAAUGUGUAGGACCAUCAUUUUAAAAUGAUAUGUUAAAAAUGUAUCUGUAUUUUUUCAUGCUUUUUAACAUUUAAAAUAUGUAAUCAGUAAUAUCAAUACACCGUUCAAAUAUUCACCAGUCAGUAAUUUAAGGGAGAAAAUACAAUUGGUUCUGAAGUGGGUUUUUUUGUUGACCAAGUUGGGAACGGGUGUUUUUCUUAUUUGACCUAUCAUGUCUUUAGACUUGCUUUAAUGAAAUUGUAGAUCAUUUGUGGUUGUUUUGUGUAGUAUGUGGUAUUAUUUAAUGGUGUCAUAUACAUGCUUUAUCUUUUCUUACUAUUAAUGAUUUGUACAUGUGUUGAAGUACAAAUAAAGUAAUCAAAUCAUAAAA